CCCCUGCAUUACAUGGACCGGGGGUGGGGGUUCGGUUGAGCUGCUGCUGCUUGCCCGAGACAGCUGCAGACUUCCUGCUGUAUUCCUCCACCGGUGGAACACCUCCACACACCGGGCCACCACACCAGCCAUGCCAAGCCUUGCUUCGAUUAAAACAUUUUAAGAUUAAAAAACGCUAACUUUUCAAGCUAAUGUUACCGGAGCCACGCAUGCUGUGCAUCAUGUUGGUUAAGGUGCGAUUUGGUGAAACACAGAAGUAUGUCAAAGUGGCUGAGACUGAAGAUGGCUAUGAUGACUUCAACACAUUUCUUCAAAAAGUUGCACUUCAGCAUGAUCUUUCAUAUACUUCGCUGGAGUCACCCAUGUCAGACAACUCAUCUGGGUCAGUGUCAGGAGUCUCCUCGCUAGUAUCCUCUGAUUCAUCAGAUGCAACAGUGAUUGUUCAUACAAACGGAGGGAGGAGAACCCAUGCUGAACGGGAAUCAGCAAAAGAGAUGGUGAGAAAUGUUCUGAAGGCUAAACCAGGUGGACAGUUUAUUUUGGAUGAAUAUGACAAAAUGAAAACAUUGACAGAUAGCACAAGGAGAAAGUUGGUAAACCUUCUUGUGGCCAACAUGGUUGAAAUUCAUGGGAGGAGCCCACCCAUCUCUGUUCGAACUACAUGUGCUCUAGGCAUCAUCUCUAUAUUUCCCAGCCUCAGAGAUCCAUAUUCGGACAAGGGAUAUGAACACUUCUAUGACCCAGAGAGUGGAUCUGGCUACUUGGCCUGGAGGAUAAAGACUGUUCAGCGCAACACUGCAGCUCAGCCCCAGAGAUGCUCCACAAGCACAACCUAUCAAGAUAGUCCAAAGAGAAAGAGGGAUGUUCUCUGCACUGAUAAGCAGCUGCUUGGUGAGCACUGUCAUGAAGCAAUAUCCUUUUUGAAACAUUCAACUGAUGAAUCAGCCAUCAAAGAGCGAAUGAGGGCCACAUUUCAGUACCGUCAAACACUGGUUCAAGAUCAGCAGUGCUCUUCGACAGUCUUUGACAUCUUCCCACGAUUUCUCGACAUCACUGGCUUGAUUGAACAAGACUUCACCAUGAUGUUUGGAGAGGAAGUGUCGGGCAGAUUUUUGGCAAAAUGGCCUACCUUUUUCAAGCCUAGAAUCCUGGCAGACUGCAAAAAACUGACUUCUAAUGAGCACAUUGAAGACCUCAUGUCAUUGCAGCAAGACUCAGGCUGGGACAGUGAUCUGUCCAGCAUUCUUCUGUUGGUUCACCUGCUUCCUCCCACCCCCAAAGGCCACAAGAAGAGUGCUAAAAUCAGCCCAUGCCAGGCUGUUGACCAUGUUGUGAGAUAUUUGCAGAUGGGAGCCAGUGUUGAAACCUUCCUUGCUGGUGUGGAGCCAGGCCAGCCCUUCCUCCUUGGUGUUGGUGAAAAGAAGAGCAGCAUCCAAAGAUACUAUGUCAUCAUUGAUCACAAGGCCAUCCCUUGCAAGGCACAGACAUCCCUUGCAGCUUUCGAUGAGUUCUUCAAAGCACACUUCAUCUUCAGUGUCAGUUACCAUGAAUCCCUCUACAACUUCUAUACGUUCAUCCAAACCACAGUUUUUAACAUUGACAUUGGAAAGGCCAAGGAAACUCCCAGAGUCAAGGAAUUAAGAGCAAGAUUUUUUCAUGACGCUUGA